AUGCCUCCUGAGGAAGAGCAGGUGUCAUUGGGGCAUACGGCACCUGAGGCUGAGGACCUGGAACAGAACCAUAAGACCCGCGAGAGAAAGGACCUGGAAAAGGACCAUGAGGCUGUGGAGGUGAAGGGUCGAGGAGAUGAUCAUAUUGCCCCUGGUACGAAGGACCUGGAUCGUGACCACACUGACCCUGGAAGGGAGGCCCCGGAACAGAACCAUGAGGCUGCUGAGGCGAAGGGCCUGGAAAAGAGCCGUACACCCCACCAGAGGAAAAGAGAUCGGGGCCAGGAUCACGAGGCUGCUGAGGCGAAGGACCUGAAUCAUGACCAUGAGGCCCCUGGAAAGAAGAAGGACCCGGAGCAGGUUCUUCUCGCGGCUCCAGAGACGAAGGACGCUCACGCACAGGAGGUAAAGGAGGAUCCGUGUGCGGCCAGGACCACCUGGUACGCAAAGCCUCAGGCUCAGGGCUAUCAUACAGCUCCCGGGGAAAAUGAGGAGCCGGACGCGGCCGCCUGGGCUGCGGACUGGAAAUACUGGGCGUAUCCUGCUCCCGGGGCCGAGAAGGAACCCGAAUCAGCUGCUGGAUCUGAGGAUGAGGUCCGGAAGGUGGCAGCUGCGGCCGAGGACCGCUUCCAGCGGAAGACUCUCGAGGAAAAGGAGAACCCGUCCUUGGUUCCGGGGACAAAGCAGGAUGCACUUCACGACGAGCAGGCGACUCCCGAGGCAGAGGAGGACUCGUCGUUGGUUCCCGAGGAAAAGGAGGGCUCGUCCUUUGUUCCGGGGGCAAAGCAGGAUCCACGUCAAGAGGGGCAGGCGGCUCCCGAGGCAAAGGAGGACUCAUCGUUGGCUCCCGAGACCGAGGAGAACUCGUCCUUGGCUCCGGAGGCAAAGCAGACUCCACGUCACGACGAGCAGGCGACUCCCGAGACGAAUCAGAACCCGUGCCAGGACGAUCCGCCCCCUGGGUCACAGGAGUAUGCGCGACAAAAGGACGUUGGUUCCGGCGAAGGUCGGAGACGCCCUUCCUCUUGUCCCUCUGGAUGGAGGAAGGGUGACCCACGGCGUCCCAGGUAG